AUGAACAUAAACACUGCCGGAGGCCACGCGGGCUCCGACAGCAGCAAUGGUUACAACUGCUAUGCAGACUUGUAUUACAGACAGACCAUAUCAACGCAACAUGACAACACGAGCCCGUACACACUUCCAGACGUGCAACCACAGCAGCACCAAAGUCAAUUUUGCGUAGGGCAUCCGCAAUUGGCUUCGCUCGAUACCAGUUCAAUCUGGCCUAGCGGCGCAAAAAGUCCCAGUUUCCCGUCCAAUCAGAACACCCAAAUCUCACCAACCGUAGCCACGCCAAUUGUAACGCGGCCAAUCGGAGGACGCAAUACGUUGAAGCCACAACCACGGGUCAAGAUAUCGAACAAGCUGAAACGAGAGAUUUAUAAGAUCUUGGCUGUAAAUAAACUUUCGGAGCUUUCCGAGGCUGAUAUUGAGGAAAAACUAAUUUCCUGGAUCAACCAACGCCCUUCCGUUGUUUCUGCUAAACAAAUUCGAGAAAAGAUCAGGCAAAUUUGCGAGGAUAACCCGAAAAUAUCGAAGCAGCUUGCAAAACGAGUCCUAUCCUUGAACUGGAUAAAAACUUUCAGACGAAAACAUCUUUCGCCAUUUAUAAAUACCCCGAUAAACACCGCCUCACCAGUAUCCUGUCUAGCUAUUUCCGACGGCGGAUUUGUAUCCAUCCCAAACAGAUUAAAGCCAUUAAAACGCCUCGACUUCGACGAUUUCGAGCGCAAAUAA